AUGGUCGCCGCCUCAGCUCGUCGUUGGGAUACCAUCCCUAGCAGCGAGACGGCAGCCAUCAACUUGAUCGCAAAUUACCUCGGCGAAAAAGAGCCCGUCCCCGUGCCCGUCGUCAAACUCAGCGUCAUGUUGACAAACGCUCUAGAAUCCACCAUGUCUCUCUUCUUGAACUGUCCCGCGUAA